AGCAGCUGUGGCAGUGGCAGUGGCAGUAGCAGUAGCAGUUGUUGUUGCUAAAAUAAUGGAGGAUCAGAAUUAAAAGCUUUUUGUUUUUGCAAAGGGAAGUGUGGAGUGUUUCAUGGAGUGAGUGAUGAGGAGCAUUAAUAUCGUUUUCUUCUGAUACUACUUUCUCUUUCUUUCCUUCUUUCUUUAUCUCUCUCUCUCUCUAUCUAUCUAUCACCGCCAUUAAUUUAUUUGUUGUAUUUAUGUAUGUAUGUAUCGCCAUGGUCUGAACAGAGUAUUUUGGUGAGGACGUUUGGUUUCUUGGUGAGCUGUGCCAAAUUUAUUUUAUCUUUUUGUACACCAGACCUCUCUUCACAUGGUCCCUCUUCCAUCAUAAAUCUCAGUUAAUUGCUUGUUUCUCCUGUCUCUCUCUCCUCUUUCUCUCUCUGGAGAGUGUGUUCUUUUCUUUUUCUUUUUUUUUUUUAAUUUUUGGGUUCCUGUGUUCAGUUCAUCUACCAAUUUCUUGUUUUCCCUGUGAAGGAGAGAGAUGUGGGAUUACUGCGGAACAUUAUGAGCGGCGUUGGCCUAGGUUUUGAUUACUGCCUCCUCCAUUUAUGGCGGUGGAGAAUUCUUACAUUUAUUGUUCUUGUCCGGGCUCGGGCUGACGGCCUCAACACUGACGGGCUUCUCCUGCUGUCCUUCAAGAACAGUGUUCUGAGUGAUCCUUUCGGAGUGUUGCAGGGAUGGAGUUACCGCGAUGCGACGCCGUGCGCCUGGGCCGGAGUCGCCUGUGGCGUUCCGGGCUCCGCCGACGCCGUCCUUCGGGUCACGAGCCUGUCGCUGCCGGGCUUCGGGCUUCUGGCCUCCAUUCCGGCGACGAUUGGCAGGAUCGAGCAUCUCAGGAACCUUAAUCUUUCCAACAAUUCCAUCAAUGGCUCCAUUCCUCAGUCUCUCUUCGCCGCCUCUGAGCUCCAAUCUCUAGAUUUUUCCAACAAUUUGAUCUCCGGGGACCUGCCGGAGCUCGUCGGAAAGCUGAAGAAUCUCCGGGUUCUUAACCUCUCCGACAAUGCCCUGUCGGGAGUCCUGCCAGGAAACCUGACAGCCCUUCAGAACUUGACAGCCGUUUCUCUGAAGAAUAAUUACUUUUUCGGUUCCCUUCCCGGCAACUUCAGCUCUGUCGAAAUUCUGGAUUUAUCCUCCAAUUUAAUCAACGGAUCAUUGCCGCCGGAAUUCGGGGGGAAAAAGUUGUCCUAUUUUAACGUCUCCUACAACAGGCUUUCCGGCGGAAUCCCGCCGGGAUUCGCCGCCGGAAUCCCCGCCAAUGCCACCGUAGAUCUUUCCUUCAACAACCUCACCGGCCCCAUUCCGCCGUCGAAUCUCUUCCUCAACCAAACCGCCAAAUCUUUCUCCGGCAACGCUGACCUCUGCGGCAAACCGUUGAGAAACCUCUGCCCGAUUCCAUCCUCAAUCGCCACUCUCCCCGACGCCGCCUCCCCGGAGUCCCCUCCUGCCAUCGCCGCCAUACCCAAAACCAUCGACUCCAAUCCCGCAACCGUCUCCCCCGAAGCCGGAAACCCGCCCCGGGUCAGCCGAACCGGUCUCCGAACCGGAACAAUCUUAGGAAUAGUCAUCGGCGACGUCGCCGGAGUCGCCGUCCUGGUCCUGAUCUUCAUAUACGUUUACCACUCCAAGAAGAAGAAAUCAAUCAACACCGCCAUUAAAAAAGAAGCCGAAACAGCCAAAGACUUCGACUGGGCAUCCUCAGCGUCCUCCGAAGAACCCAGCUGGCUCCGAACCUGGACAUGCCUCAAAAAACACCGACACGCCGCCGCCGCCUCCGACGACGAAGCAAGCGCCUCCGACUCCACCUCCACCUCCUCCGACCCCACCGAAAACCCGCGAAACCCCCCCGACAGGUCGCACGCAGCCCAAGAGCAGAAGACCGGCGCACUUGUGACAGUGGACGGGGAAAACCAGCUGGAACUGGAAACGCUUCUCAAGGCGUCUGCUUACAUCCUUGGCGCGUCGGGCUCCAGCAUAAUGUACAAGGCGGUUCUCGAAGACGGCACCACCCUCGCCGUCCGCCGGAUCGGCGAAAACGGCGUCGAACGCUUCAGAGAUUUCGAGAAUCAGGUCCGCGUGAUCGCGAAGCUGGUGCACCCAAAUCUCGUACGGAUCAGGGGAUUCUACUGGGGCACUGACGAAAAGCUGAUCAUCUACGAUUUUGUCGCCAAUGGCAGCCUCGCCAACGCCCGCUACAGGAAGGCUGGCUCUUCCCCCUGUCACUUGCCAUGGGAGUUGCGGCUCAAGAUAGCGAAAGGCGCCGCACGCGGGCUGUGCUACAUCCACGAGAAGAAGCACGUGCACGGCAACUUAAAGCCGAGCAACAUUUUGUUAGGAGCAGACAUGGAGCCAAAGAUCGGUGAUUUCGGGCUCGAAAGGCUCGUCGCAGGCGAAAACAGCUCCAAGAAUUGCGGCUCCGCCCGGAAUUUCGGCAGCAAGCGAUCAACCGCCUCCCGCGACAGCUUCCAGGACUACGCCGCAGCCAGUGCAGCAACGCCGAGCCCGAGCCCGAGCGUGAUCGGCGUCUCGCCUUAUCACGCGCCGGAGUCGCUUCGAAGCCUAAAGCCGAAUCCUAAAUGGGAUGUGUUCACCUUCGGCGUGAUAUUGCUGGAGCUGGUGACCGGAAAGGUCAUUGCAUCGGAGGAGACGGGGCCUGCCCUGGCCAUCGGGGGAGCCAUGUCAGCUGCUGACGAGGAUAGAGGCAAGGUGUUGAGGAUGGCUGACGUGGCGAUCCGCGGCGAGCUGGAGGGGAAGGAGGAGGCGUUGCUGGCACUGCUGAAAAUGGGAUACAAUUGCAUAUCGCCUGUGCCACAAAAGAGACCGUCAAUGAAAGAAGUUCUGCAGGCCCUGGAAAGAUUCCCAUGCUGCUCGUCAUUUUCCUCUGCCUAUUAUGCUCACUUGUGAUGGAACGAGGGACGAGGAAACAGGAACAAUGUAGAGAAUGUAAUGUGUAUGUAAUGAAUGAUCCGAGUGAUUGCUGACAUGAUUUUUGUGUUUUGCCAUUGCUAGAGAUUCUUGAGUGGAAUGAUGGUUGGGGUAGGAUCUUAUCAUUUUUAUGCCAAUUGUCUGACAAAUUUGGUUUUCUUGUAAUAAUUUGAGAGCCCAUCGUGUAUUUUGCUUUCACUUGAUUGAUUUCUUGAAUUAGAUAGGGAUUGUAAUCCUUGCUGAAUUUUAAAUAUGUUAAUUGGGCCUAUUGGGCCAUUACUGUA